AUGGUGUGCAAGACUCCUCGAAACACCCUGAGAGAUAAAGUUGAAUUAGAUGGAAACAUUAUCCCCACCAUUUUAAAUGAUCUGGGCUCACAAAAACUGAAUGUCAGUCACGACUAUGACAAGGAGGCUUAUCCUUUUGACAAGUCAAAUGCGAGCACAAGUGCCCCUUCCUCAGACGGGAUGCUCGAAGGCUGUCAAAGCUGUAGAACAGCUAGCUCAGGAUUAAAGAAAUCAGAAGUUAAACUUGUUCUUGGAUUCUAUCAAGCAUCCAUAGCUGAAAAAUAUCAGCAGAUAUUUAAGGUUCUGCAAUACUUUCCUAAUCCUCAGUUUGGCAUGUCUUCUAUGGAAAAUGAUAUAGUGCUCCUCAAGCUGAACAGUAUUGCAAAACUGAAUAAAUAUGUGCAGCUAUUGCCUCUGCCUGUCUCUUGUGAAGAUGCCAAACCUGGCACAACAUGCAAGGUGGCAGGCUGGGGAGUCACAUCUACAGGAAAGCCAUCAAAAUAUCUUCAGGAAACAACUCUUGAAAUCGUUGGUAGAAAAAGCUGUGAGAGCAAAUUUAGAAAUUCCACAAAAAUAACCAACAACAAGUUGUAUGCUGCAGGAAAAAAAAUAAUUGAGGAGAAACGCGUGCAAGGGAGAUUCAGGUGGGCCGUUAAUCUGUUCCAGUAGAUACAGUGGGAUCGUUUCUUUUGGAAAAGGAUGUGAAAGAAGAGACAUGCCUGGAGUUGAUACAUGACUGACAGAAAAAUAUAUUGACUGGAUAAAAAAAGUAAUUUCCCUUCACAGAGAUCCAUGAGACAGGCAAGACAGUUUUAAGAAAUACUGUGCUUUGCAUUAGAACUAGAUGCUGCUGCUUUAGUGUGUUGCCUUU